GAUUUAGUUUGGACUAGAAAUGAAUACAAUUUAUAUAUGUAUGAUCUGCAUUCUAUUCCGAUUGUGGAAUUGCAAAAAGCUCUUUGUGCAGAGAGACACCACUGUCGAAAUAACUUGUCCAUUUAUUGCAACCAAAAAUGAUUAUGUGACGUGGUGUUUUGAACAAUCGAAGAUCAUUUCUGACGGAAAGAACGUAAACCCAAAGUUUAAGACAAAAUAUAGAGUAACAAAUACCGGAAAUCUUCAAAUUCUAAAUUUUACUGAUGCCGAUGAAGGACGAUACACGUGUCAAGGAUUUAUUGGUGAAAAAGUUCGUCAAGAUACAGUCAUUGUGGCAUUGUGCAACGUACCAAAUGAAAUAAGCAGCCUCUCCUCUGUAUUGGAAGGAAGCAGCAGUGAUGCUAUGCUAAGUCAAACAAAUGUCCUAUGUAAUCACGGUACUGUCAUAGAGAGAAACAACAAACAUUACCACAAUAAAGGGAAUUAUUUACUGCGUGUAACUUUGAAAUUGAACAUAUCACUUCAAUACAGUUUGGAUAAUGACAGGGGAAAACAACAAAAAGCUAAUGUAUGGAACUAUAAGUGCUUGACAUUGAAUGAAGACCAGUGUGUGACGUCCAACGAAAACAUUCUGAACUUUUUAAAAAGACAUUCCUCGGGUUGA